UAUAUCUCCCACUGAAAAUCCUGUGAUGCAAGAGUUCUCUCAAAUCUUUUGAGUCAGUGGUUCCUAAACCAAAGCAAACAGCAUGGGGGAAAGAGGGCACCCUUGUCUUGUACUUCGACCGAUAGGGAAGCAGAGCAGACACCAUUUAAUUUGUGCUCACUCUGGCUUUUAGUGUGUCAUAUAAAAGCUUAACACAGUUACUGAAAUAUGCACCAAAAUGUAAAUUCUCCAAAACCUUGAAGAGAUACUUCCAUUCAACACGAUCAAAUGCAUUCUCUGCAUCAAGUGAUACUACAACUGCGGGUUCAUCUGACUGUCUUGCUUCGGAUAAGAUAUGAAAAAGGCGCCUUAAGUUAUUAAUGACAUUCUAUCUUUAAUGGACCCCAGUCAUUGUUAGUCAAUGUUCGUAGGUACUCUUCCAGCCUGAAUGUGAUGGCUUUAGCAAUCAAUUUCAAAUCAACAUUAAUGAAUGAGAUUGAGCGAUAAGAAGAUGGCAUAGUGUGGUCUUUUUCCAGAUUACAGAUCAAUUAAAUCAAGGCCUCUUGUAGAGUUGGAGCCAACACGCCCUGUCAAUAAUAUGUUGAUGCAUUUCCAUUAAUGCAUCUAUUAAUUGUUGUUUAAUUUUUUGGUUAAAUUCUACAGUGAAACCGUUCCUGACUGAAGGCUCAUGACUGCCCUCAGCAUUUGCCCUUUGUUUAUUGGCUAAUAAAUUCGUAUCUCUCUCCGAUAGUUUGGGCAGUUUUAGUGACUUCAGGAAAAGUUACGAUUUUUUUUUUCAGAUUCUAAAUUUUCCAGAUGCUUAUGUGACUCCUUUUCACCCUAGAGGUGAAUGAUAUUAUCUGCCCUCUCAGGUAUGCCUGAGGGCCCUCAUGAUUACUACAGGAUAGGAGGAGAGAGAGCAGUCAGAGUAUUUAUUUCCAAUAAUAAUUUUAUCUUUAAAGACAUACCUUUUUCAAAGAUGUAUGUUAUGUUAUGCUGUGUUAUGCUAUGUUACUUUAUGUCAUGAUAUGUUAUCUGUGAAAGUAGAAGUAGUAGCUUGCCCCAACCACUUAUGAAACGAUGUUAUGUCAUAUUCAUUUUGGUCACUAGAGGGAGCAUACUCACAUAACAUUACCACAAGCCCUCUGGUGUUAUACAAAAAAGAGAUAAUAUGUUUGCACACAACUCACUUAUUGAGUAAUACUGGGCUGAAACAGGAAAAAGAAAUGUUGGUGUUAUUCAAGAGUAACUUUUUUUCUUGUAGUUCUGGAGAAAAUACAAGAAAGAAAGAAAGAAAGAAAGAAAGAAAGAAAGAAAGAAAGAAAGAAAGAAAGAAAGAAAGAAAAAAAUAACUUUUAGAAGGUUGUGAAAUGUCAUUUUCUGACCUGAGGAAAGGUCCUCAUGGUUAUUUUAGUUAUAGAAGGGCAUACCUAAAAUGAGUAAAUCAAGAUAAAUAAACUUCUGCAAGGUUUUCCAACUUCACUAAAUAUAUAAUUGCAUAGUCGAAUAGCCAACCAACUUUACAAAUAGUUGACAAAUUGUGCCAGUGACCAAAUGGAACCUUGAGCUGAUCCUAUUUCUGUUAAUUGCUCGCGCCCUCUAACCUGAGGCCUAAUCCUUGCGCGCGCCCUCUAACUCAAGGCCUCUGAUUCGCGCGCCCCCACUUCUGAUCCUUGCGCGCUCUUGCACAAAUCUGUGCCAGUUGUCUGGUCAGUCCAGUCCAAUGCGUGUACCCUGGAAUAACUGGGUUGUGAGGGGGGCUGUGGGCUCAGGUUGAGAGCGCGCUUUAGCUGCUCGUGCCACAAGAGAUUUGCAAAGAAGCGAUAGCGAAAAAGCGGCAAUAUGUUUCAAUCUCGUUAUUAUUUCCCCCUCUAUUUUUUUCCACUAAUGUUAACUUUGUAUCGAAACGAAUGAUGACAUGGACUUUGCAUGAUGAGGAAGGCAUUUAAUAACGGAUGUCAACAGCAUUUUACGCACAGGUUAAACACGGCGGAAGGGAUGCACUUGCUGCCACUUUUUGACGAAUGUCAAUUUAGCAUUGCUUAUUUGAUGGAAAACUAUAUUUCAUUGUGAAACGGCGUUCAGUUGCAUGCAAGGGCAUUGACGUAAUCGUUGUCAGUAUUUGUUUGUAGGCUUAAUGAUUUGAAUCGCCUGACAAACAUCCACGUCAUUGAUGUAGGACAAGAGGACUGAUGAAUCAGAGCAUUGCUUGAUCCAUUCUUGAAAACAGUUCCUUCUGGACAUGAUCUGGGGAUGAGUAGAUAAGAUAGGUUAUUAGACAACCAUUACCGGGUUUAUGUAGAUCGGCUCGGUCUACAGUUAACAUAGAAUAAUUCGGCUAUACCACAGGCUACUAGUAAAGCCUCAACCAUGUAUGCUGGACGGAAAAGAAGAAAACCGGUGCAAAAAGGCAUCGAAGUGAAAGACCAAAAAGAGAAACAGACAGCUCCGUCUGAAGGGACCAAGUCUAACCCAUCAAAGCGCCACCGGGACCGUCUGAACUCUGAGUUAGACCGUCUGGCCAGUCUACUGCCCUUCCCAGAAGAGGUCACCUCCAGCUUGGAUAAACUCUCUAUCUUACGGCUCAGCGUGAGCUACCUGAGGACCAAGAACUUCUUCUCAGUUGCCCUGAAGACCCACGCUUGCAAGGGUUUUAAGGCCAACAGUGGUAACCAUGACAACAGCAAGACAUCGGGAUUGGUGGAUGGCUGGAUGCCCGAGGGUGAACUCCUAUUGCAGGCCCUUAAUGGCUUUGUCCUGGUCAUCACUGCAGAGGGGGUCAUAUUCUACUCCUCUCACACCAUUCAGGAUUACCUGGGAUUCCACCAAACAGACGUGAUGCACCAGAGUGUAUUUGAGCUGAUCCACACUGAGGACCAGCAGGAGUUUAGGAGGAACCUCCACUGGGCUCUCAACCCCCCGGGCGUGCCCCAGCAGGGGGAGUCACCCCCAGAUGGAAAGCCAGUCCCCAGCUCAUCCCUGGUGACCUAUAACCCCGAUCAGCUGCCUCCAGAGAACUCCUCCUUCCUGGAGAGGAACUUCGUCUGUCGCUUCCGCUGUCUCCUCGACAAUUCCUCUGGCUUCCUGGCCCUGACCCUCCAGGGCCGUCUGAAGUUCCUGCAUGGCCAGAACUGCCACCUGGAUGACGGCUGCAACGUGCCCCCCCAACUGGCCCUGUUUGCCAUCGCUACCCCCCUCCAGCCUCCAUCCAUCCUGGAGAUCAGGACCAAGAACAUGAUCUUCAGGACCAAACACAAGCUGGACUUCACCCCCAUGGCCUGCGACGCCAAGGGGAAGAUCGUGCUGGGCUACACUGAGGCUGAGCUCCGGGUUAGAGGCUCUGGAUACCAGUUUAUCCAUGCAGCUGAUAUGCUCUACUGUGCUGAGAACCACGUCCGCAUGAUCAAGACCGGAGAGAGCGGGCUGACGGUGUUCAGACUGCUCACUAAGGAUAACCGCUGGAGGUGGGUCCAAGCCAACGCCAGACUGGUCUACAAGAACGGCAAGCCUGACUACAUUAUCGCCACCCAGAGGCCCCUGGUGGAGGAGGAGGGAGGAGAGCACCUGAGGAAGCGUUCCAUGCACCUCCCCUUCACCUUCGCCACGGGCGAAGCACUUCUCUACCAGAGUAGCUACCCCAUCCACGGCCUCACCGACUCACUCCAGACUAAAGGCAAGACCAAGUCCAAGAAGGCCAAGCUGGACAAGAACUCGUCGAAGGAUCACGGUGGACUGGACCCCAGCUCCCUGCUUGGGGCAUUGAUGCGGCAGGAUGAGUCCGUGUACGUGUGCCAACCAGCCGUCGAGCCCAAGAUGUCCUUCCACAGUAGUCUGUUUAGUGAGCGAGGCGAGGGGGAAGGGCAGAGCAGUGGAGGCUGUAGCAGUGGCCCUCUGGGUGGGGGUGUGGGAAAGAGCUGGAGCUCCGUGCCCAACGGGGUCACCACCACCACCUCCACUGGCCCCAACGGGGAGCCUCCACCCAGCUUCGACCCACUGCUCGCCACCCUGGACUCACUAUCUCUGGAGGGGGACGAGACAUGCUCUAACAGCGAGCUGUUCUCUGCUCUGGAGAACCUGGGUCUGAACGCAGAGGAUCUGGAGCUACUGCUGCUGGAUGAGAGGAUGAUCAGAGUGGAGAUGGAUCCGGACUACAUCCCCUCGCUCAACGACCUGCUCACCAACAACGAGAUCCUCUCCUACAUCCACGACUCGCUGGAGAACAAGACCGAGGAGGGCCAGGGUGGGGACAAUCACGUGUCCAUACCACAAGCCUCAACCACAACCCAUCCCCCUGGCCCUAUCCUUAAUUCUACCCUUAUCCCUAACCUUUAUAACCAAGCCACCCCCGCUAUGCAUAUCUCUACCCUCCACCCCCAGGCUACUAUCCCACCUAUCCCCCAACCCACGUUACCCCCUCACAGACUACCAAAGCAGCCACCCAUAGUGCAGCUCUCCCAGCAGAUGCAGCAGCACCUCAACUUAGUAAAGCCCGUUCUGGCAAAAUACCCCUGGCCCCCGACACAAACGGACGUCCCCACGCCAAGCCAGCCAGACACACUGCAGCACACAACCUCACUAACAGUGGUCGAUAAUGGUCACUGGCUUCACCAGCAGGAGCAUCUGCAUGCGGGGCUGGACGACCACUGCCACAGCAUUCACCCUCUGGUCAACGGUAAGACAUCCCAGCUGGGGCCUCAAGGGUCCGGGCAGCUCAAACACCACCAGCACCAGAACAUCAUCCAUCUUCAGAGCCAGUGGCAGCAGCAGAACCAGCACCUACAGGUCCAGCUUCAGCCUCAGUGCCAUUUCAAACAGCAGAAGGCAAGUAGCAACAGCGGUGCCACUCUCAACGGGGUGCACCCUGAUCCCGAUUGGCAGAGGUACGGCUACGACGACCAGUUGGGACUGACCGCUAACGGAGCCUGCACCGUCUCCUACACCAACGGGCGCGCGGACACCCUCUCACACGCUACAGGAGGUGAGGUCACUCUCACAGAUUACGGUACGGGUGCUUCGACUACCGUGGGCAUGGUGAUGAACUGGGGUACGGUGGGGGGCACAGGUCACUACCAGGGAAAAGGCGGGGUGACUGCUACCCCCUCAGACCAUCUGGAGCAUCACAAACAACAUUCUCCACUGGUCCCAUCCGCCUACUUUCACCGCCAGUACCCCACCACCCAGAACUCCUUAGAUUACAUCCUGGGGCUGUCACAGCCGCAACACACCAUGCCUUCUCUGGGCGCCUACGGCAUUUUGAAUCGCCCCGCUUCCCAAGAUGCCACUCACUGCAAGAUGGAGAGCGGCUGCAUCCUCAACGACACCAACGUUGCUCACACAGGGAGCUGUCUACUGCCCGAUGUGAACGGCCAGGCAGCCAGCGACAGUCUCCACCCCCAGCCCGGCGCCCUACAGACCCCGCCCACCCUCCCAGACCCACAGACUACUGGCUUCUACCUCUGAGACGGGGGGGGGGGGGGGGGUGUCAGUGCAAAGAGAGACCAUUGGACCGUUUUGUCAGGGGGCAUAAAAAAAAUUUAACAGAGGAGGAGACGCGAAAGAAGAAUUUAAACUGAACCGUGGAUGUUACGACUUUCUAUGUAACAUUCUCUCCAUUUCAUUUGUGUAAGACGGACUCAGGACUCGGUGAAAGAGCUCAGCAUAGUGUCUCUCUGCACUCUGACAAUAGUUUCCCCACUGGCACACAGCUCAGGGGAAACCAAAUGCAUCUUCUCAUGUUACACAUUUUUUUAUGAAGGGUAUGGUUGAGAGAGCGGCGAUUUCUUCACCACUGUGAUUUUCAUUGUUUUUCUUUAUGGGUGUACAAAAUACAGUUUCGGACAAAGAUUAUUAACAAGACUGUGAGAAGAGAUGUGUUUUACCACUGUCAUAGCUACAGUACCACUGUCAUAGCUACUGCGCUUCAGUACAGUCAUAGCUACUGCGCUUACCACUGUCAUAGCUACUGCGCUUCAGUACAGUAUAACUUGUUAAAGGAGGGAAAGUGAAUGUGGGUAUGGAAAGGAUGGAGAAGGAUUGAUAUGGAGAUUAAUAUUCAUUAUGAAGAAUGAUGAGACAUGAUUUGAAGGAGCUGGAUGUCUGAAAUUAUUGUGAGGUAGAUUUACAAAUGUUCUGUUCUGUGUUAUGUUUUGUUGUGUCAUCUGCCCAUAGAGAGGAAGAGGAAUUGAUUCAGGUUUUGGUGAUCUACGUGUUGGUAAAAUAGUAUAUAGGUUGUCCUCUGACGUGUUAUUGAGAUUGGAUAAGUGAAACAGAUCCCAUAUUAUGGUCAAAUGGUAUCUAAAUAUGAAGAGGGAGAGCAGAUUGGAGGAAGGGAUGACCGUUUUGGGGUUUUGUUUAUUUCCAUGCUGCAUUUUAGCCUGGAAGAAGUUUACGUUACCAGUGCAAUGAUGUUGUGUAUUUAUUUAAAUGGCACUCAAAUCAACCGAAGCAUUUUCUUCUUUUCUUGACUGGCUACAGUGUGAAAUCACUCAGUAAAUUAAGUUCCGGAAUACAGCAGGAGAUGGCUUACAUUCAGAAGUAAACAAGCAAAUUCCAGAUCCAUCAUUCCUCUUUGAAAAGCUUUGAGAAAAAUAUACAUUUGGAUUCAAGUUGAUUUCCUGAAUUGAAAUGAAGUUGAGCUAAAAACAAACUGUAUUCGCUGCCGAUGGCAAGAGGAACGGGAACGGCAGUUUCUGACGUGACGAGAAAGGUCGUUUCAGUGGGCCUCCUCUCUUACAGGGCCCCAAGUGAUUCUGUCAUGGUCAUCUUAUCACAGUGGAUCUCACACCUCUCCUCGGGGACCCCCAGAAGAUACACAAUUCUGUUGUCGCCCUGAACGAGCACACCUGAUUCACUUAGUCAAGGGCUUGAUAAUUAGUUGACGAGUUGAUUCAGCUGGGCUAGCUUUAGAAUAGGUCAAAAGCGUGGAAACACUGCUUUAUCGCACUGAAGACCCGUUCCAUGAGGAUUGACUUGGUCACACGCAGACUCACGGGCAUUGAUUCAAAUGAGAGGACAAGUCUUUUUAAAGAGAUUCUGUAUUGAAAAGUUGCAAUGUUGAAUGUGUUGUGUAUAUUGUAAAAGAGUUGUAAAAAUAUCCUAUUUGCAGUAUUUCGUUAUUAAAAGUGCUGGAAAAUAAUUUUUAUUAAUAUUGGUAGCGUUAGAAUUCUCUCCAUUCAAAAUGGCACUAUAUUCUCUACAUAGUGCUAUACUUUUAACCAGAGCCCUAUGGACCCUGAUCAAAAGUAGUGCACUAUAUAGGGAACGGGUGCCAUUUGGGAUGUAACUUAUUACAUAAAUGUCACAAACAAAUACAUUUACAGACUUACCUCUCUUUAUAUCUGUUUGUCUUUUUUUGUAUACAGACAUUUCUUAUAUGAAAUAGAUUUAUUUAAAUCAACCAGGAGAUGUAUGUAAAAAAAUAAAAAAGCAAAGUGGCAAUCAAUAACAACUGCUUUUUUAAAUUGUGUUAAUAGUAAGGUAUUUUUUAUGACAUUUGUUGCAAGCACUAUUUUAAAAGCACUGGUCCUUACAAGCCAUUUUUCUCUAGCACAAAAAGUAGGCUUGUAGAAAAGAAUUUUGGACUCAAUAUUAUAUUGACUACAAUACCUACAGUUCUGUGUUUUAUUUCAAAAUCAUGUUUGGAGAACUUUUUAUGACUUUUACUCUCAAGGAUAUGGUGCCAUAGUGGUGACAUACUGGAGACUCACAUCCCAGAUUUUUAUGUUUAAAGAUACAAUGGUGUCAUUGUUCUUUCUUUUUUUUAUCACGUUGAAUUUAUUGAAUUCAUUUUGAUAUUCUAACACACAAAGUUAUUGUAGAUGUAAAAAAAUUAAUAAAAGCAGUUCAAAUGUUAAAAUAUACUAUUUGAUCCUGGAAAUAAAGGAUUUGUGCAAUCACA